AUGGAAGAGAGUAAAAUUCUUCAAUAUUUUGAAGGAAAGACGAUUCUCAUCACUGGAGCCACAGGGUUUCUAGCAAAAAUUUUAUUGGAGAAAGUACUUAGAGUUCAACCGAAAAUCAAAAAGUUGUUUCUUCUUAUUCGAGCUGUGGAUAAGAGAUGUGCUGAAAAACGCUUACAUGAAGAGGUGCUUAACACUGAAUUGUUUGAAAUUCUGAAGGAGAAAUGUGGUGCAGACUUCAAUCAUUUUCUAUUAUCGAAAGUUAUUCCAGUUUGUGGUGAUGUUUCUCAUGAGAACUUAGGUAUUUAUGACUCAAAAUUGAGAGAUGAGAUUUCACAAGAAGUAGAUAUUAUUGUCAACUCAGCCGCAACAACAAGAUUUGAUGAAAGAUAUGAUGUUGCAUUGGGGAUCAAUGCUUUUGGAGCCAUGCAUGUCCAAAAGUUCGCCAGAAACUGUUCAAAAAUAGAUAUGUUUGUCCAUGUAUCCACAGCUUAUGUCCAUGGCUCGAGUGUAGGGAUCGUGCCGGAAAAACCAUUUUGUAUGGGCGAAACACUCGAUGGAGCUGAAAUCUCCUACUUAGACAUCAACACAGAAAAAAAGAUAGUGGAAGAAAGAUUAAGAGGACUUGAAGCUCAAAAUGCAACAGAACCAAAGAUCACAUCAGUUAUGAGAAAUUUGGGAAUUGAAAGAGCAAAGCUGCAUGGGUGGCCAAACACGUACGUGUUUACAAAGGCCAUGGGGGAAAUGCUUUUGGAGAAGCUGAAGGGAAAUGUUAAGUUCAUUAUCGUACGCCCAACAAUUAUAACAAGUACUUAUAAAGAGCCCUUCUCCGGUUGGACCGAAAGUAUAAGAACUCUCGACUGCUUCUUCGUUGGUUAUGGCAAAGGAAAAAUAAAAUUCUUCGUUGGAGAUCCCGACUCAAUACUUGACAUUAUACCUGGUGAUAUGGUGGUGAAUUCUAUGCUUGUAGCAAUGGCUACGCAUACAAAUCAACCAUCUGAUAGGUUAAUUUAUCAUAUUGGUUCAUCACGAAGAAAUCCACUAAAAUAUGCAGACAUGAAGUGGCUUAUGUAUCGUUAUUUAACUAAAAAUCCUAUGCUUGAUUCGGAAGGGAAGCCUAUCAAAGUAGAUGAAGCCAAGAUAUUGGAAACCAUGGCAAGCUUUCACAGAUAUAUUGCAAUCCGUUACUUGCCAUUUAUACAGAACUUUACAAACCGUACUUGUUCUUUCAAGGAAUUUUCGAUGACAGUACUACUGAAAAUCUACGAACGGCAACCAGAGGAAGUGAAGUGUUUAAUUUUGAUCCAAAAUGCAUUCAAUGGGAAGACUACUUUAUGA